GGGGCGGGGAGAGGACCGCUCGGCAACACAGCGGAAGAAAAUGGCGGCCGUGGCUGCAGAGCCAGGAGCUGCGGCGGUUCCGACAACAGCAACCGCGGUGACAGACGACGAAAGCCCGCCGGAACCGGGCCCAGCCGGCUCGGGACACACGCUGGCCCAUGAUGACGCAGAGGGGAAGCGAGAGCACGACCCGGUUGUGGAGGUGAUUGUCCCCGGGUUGGUGGAUGGUGUGGACGGGGAGGAGCGCCGCCAUGUCAGGCCGGAGCUCGUGCCCGCGGCGGGAAAAGCGGUGCCAGAUAGCGACGUGAGUGGUGAAGUGAUGGACAACUUCUCGGCGGAGCGGUUGGGCAUGGAGCGGUUCUCCCCUGGUGUUCCCAUGGACCCGGAGGGCGGCGGAAACGUAUCGGGCCAGGCGGUUUACCACAGCAUCCUGGCGGACCAGCAGCCUUCCGCCGUCUUCUUGCACUCUCUCCCGGCGCCGCCGCCGCCGGUCACCGAGGCGGGACUCUCGCUUGCGGAACCGGCGGUACCGACGACGAACGUCACGACCGUUUGCCGAGACCAGGGAUAUACGGCGCUCGUCCUGCCGGACCUCAGGCCUGGUCCUGCAGAAGACGCCAUGUUGAAUAUCGCCGAGGAUCGGGUGUUGGUCCCGGAUUCGGAUGCUGAGACCGGGUCCUACGGUAACAGCUCCGGCGGUUCCGAAGAGCUCCCCUGCCGCUCUCCCACGACCCGAUUAAUAACGGACACGGUGAAGCAGGAGUCCGGAGGUCCGGAGCCAGAUGAUGCGGAACCCGGAGGCACAGCAUCCGUGCAGGACCUGAGUCUGGGUUCCGAGGUUCGGGUGUCGCUGGAUCACAUCAUCGAUGACGCGCUGGUGGUGUCUUUCCGCCUGGGAGAGAAGGUGUUCUCAGGUGUUCUGAUGGACGUUUCCAAAAGGUUUGGGCCAUAUGGCAUUCCCAUCACGGUUUACCCGAGCCGGGAUGAUCAGAGUCGACCUCAGGUGUCUCUUCAGGCAGAAACCAAGGACGAGCCUCCUCCCAAGGAGGAGGAGGUCACUGCCAGCUCACCCCCUCCUCCCCCUCCCCAGCCCUGGACCUCCAAGCCACCACCGCUCUUCCAGGAUGGGGCGCCUUACCCCCCUCCCCUGUUUAUCAGGGACACGUACAACCAGGCUUUACCUCAACCUCCCCCACGCAAAAUCAAGCGGCCCAAGAGACGCUAUCGCUACGAGGAGCCCACUUCCAUCAUGAACGCAAUCAAGCUGCGGCCCCGGCAGGUGCUGUGUGACAAGUGUAAAGCUGUGGUGGCCUCAGCAGGACCUCGGGAGGUCCGGCGGGGUCCAGUGGACUUGAGGGGAGAAGAGGCCUCCCGGAGGCGGAGGCCCACAGAAGCUCCCGUGUCUGCAGAGGUCAAGCGGCUUCGGAGCGACGACAAAGGUGGACGCAGUGCUGUGGACAGACGCACGCCUUCAGGGAUACGAGUGUCGCCUUCACCGUCCUCCUCCGGCCGUGUGCUCAGGGGUGUGGCUCCAUCGUCGUCGUCAUCUUCAUCUUCUUCAUCAUCAUCAUCUUCAGCGAACCGCGUGCACCUGAAGCUGAACAAUAAGAACUCAAAAGUUGUGGCAAAAACUUCUGGUGUAGAUCGAUCCAAAGCCCGGCAGGUCCUAAAGAAGCUGGUCAGGAACUCGCAAUCUCCACCCAAAUGCCGGGCCAAAGACCAGAAUCUGAAUCAGCAAGGCACCAAGACCAUGACAAGAUCUGCCACCUUACAGAGCCACAACCAGAAGGUCCACUUCACUCGCCGACUGCAGCACCUUGGCUCCAACACCGGCGGCACCAGUGCGGCGCUUCCACCCCGAAUGCGCCUCAAACCCCAAAGGUAUCGUACCGAUGACAGUCAGGCCCCUCCCUCCUCCUCUCCCCCCAAACAGAAUAAUCGCUCGCCGCCCCCCAAACCAGCCUCAGAACCCGCUCCUUCGUUGAACCCAGAGCCACUCCCGCCUCCUGCUCCGUCGCCUCCUGCUUCAUCGCCUUCUGCUCCGUCGCCUUCUGCUCCGUCGUCUCCUGCUCCGUCGCCUCCUGUUCAGUCGGCUCCUGUUCAGUCGGCUCCUGUUCCGUCGCCUUCUGCUCCGUCGCCUUCUGCUCCGUCACCACCCCCUGCUGCUGCCAUCGAGCCAGAGCAGGAAGUCGAGCAAGUUGAGCAAGACGGGCUGGAGCAGGAAGUGGGAGGUGAAGGGGGAUCAGGGGAUGUAGUUGAGCCUCCACCUUCUUGUUCCUCCUCCUUGGACUCUUCACACUCAGAGUGUAGCUCCACAGAGACCUUUGACCUCCCUCCUCCUGGAAACCCGGCUUCCUCGACCUCCUCGUCUCUCUCCGCUCCUACGUCCGCAGCAGUAGCGCCUCCGUGUUCGUCUUCUUCUUCUUCUCCACCCCCCUCGUCCUCAUCCUCUUCCUCCUCCUCCUCACUUAUUAGAGCAGACAAUGAGGCGGUUCACGCUGUUGCAGAGGAAGAGGACGAGGAAGGAGGCGACGUGAAGAGGCGUCGCAAGUCUUCCACCUCCUCCUCAUCCUCCUCGUCUUCAUCAUCGUCCUCCGUCUUCUCCAAGUCUGUCACCAAAUGUUUGCUUCCCGAUGGUCGGACCGUGUGCAUCGGCGACAUAGUUUGGGCAAAAAUCUACGGCUUUCCCUGGUGGCCGGCGCGUGUUCUCGGAAUUACGGUGGCGCGACGCGGCGACACGGGCCUGGCAGUGCGGCAGGAGGCACGGGUCUCAUGGUUUGGCUCCCCCACCACGUCCUUCCUCCCACUUACUCAGUUGUCCCCCUUCCUGGAGUGUUUCCAGUCGCGCUUUGACCGGAAGAGGAAAGGGCCGUACCGCCGUGCCAUCGCGGAGGCGGCCAGUGCUGCAAAACAGCUGACGCCCGAAGUCCGCGCACUGCUCACUCAGUUUGAGACGUAGCAUUAGCUCCCGCUGGCAACAAAUGCCCACUGACCCGCCCACUUCAGGUAGUGGGCGGAGCCUUCCUCCCCUCUGGACUGAAGACUGUCAGUAACCGUGGAGAACAGGCGCACAUUGCUCAUGUUUUUGUUUCCUGUUCUGUUUGAAGAGGGGUGGAGCUUCUGUGUUAUGUGUCCGUCUUGCCUGAUGCAGUGGGUGGGCUCUGUUUCUACUGUCUCCACAUGUCAGCCGCAGGUUUCGCCGCUGCACUUCUGAAGUUCAAAACAGGAAUUGAAAAAACGAAGUUUAAAGGUUGUAAUCUGCGUGCGUGAAACCUGCAGGCCGACAUGUCACUUCCUGUCCUGUUGUUUUCCACUGAAGAACAUUAAGAGACUGAUUAUACAUUUUCUUUUUUUUUUUUUUUUAACAGACGUUUUGAGCGUGUAGAAACUGUGAAACGCACUGUGUUGUCCAAACUGAUGUCGGGGCUCCCAAACAGGGUCGAAGGCUGAGUCGGCUCGAUCCACGCCGUAGUCUCGAGGUGUGGGGUGUUCGAGGUCAACCACGUGGCGGCUGAGGUCACAUGAGCUCCGAAGAGUGGCAGGGGUCUUUUUCAUCACAGUUUAAGGAUCAUUUCAAAAUUCUUUAGUGAAGCAGCUGACAACGGACACAUUCAGUUGUUGGUGUACUUCACUACGUUACGGAUGUUUUCAAAUUCAUGCAAGUUAUCUGAGCAGUUUAGAGCCCAGUUCUCAGUGGGUGUAGUGGGGCGUUCCAUUUGUAGCUGUGAUGUACCGGCAUAGUGAGAUCCAAACUGUGGCUUGUGUUCUAAAAGGCUCCACAUUCAGAUGGUCAAAGUCAAGUUGACUAGUUUGCUCCACUUUUGUCUCCACAAGGUACAGUGUGGCCCCAACAUGAGCGACUUGCUUAGUGCCAAAGUGAAGUGGGGAGCUGUCUGGCUUUCAAGCUUUUUUGUUGCAGAAUUACACUUGUUGGUAACAUUGUGAAUGAGUGCUAGCUCACUAGCAAAUGGUAUGACCCUGCCAGUUCUACCUCUUAGCAGCAGUGACGCAACUGCACCGCAAUGUAUGGUCCAAAUAGUGGUGGCAAAAUGUUACACGGAACCAAAUUCCAUCUUAAAUAUGCAACGUUCCUACCAGAGGGUGAAGGGUUUUAGAAAGUAUUUAUUCCCACUGGAGUCUCACACUCAAGUUCUGCAGUCGCGUUAGCUUUUCCCGGCCGGUCACCGGAUCUUAAAUCUCGUGCCCAUUGCCUUGAAUCCCUUUUGAAGUUCAACUGAGCAGACACCUAGUUUUUGAUCGUAUUUGGAGUCAGAGAGCAAAACACUUUCCGGAAGAAGAUGCCGCGUUUAUUUAACAUGCGCUUGGCUAUUGAGUGGACUCUUGAGGUCAUGUGACAUCAGACUGUAGAGUGGAGGCUCGCCUCGGCACCCGUGUGUGACCCCCAGUUUUGGUGAGGGGCGGGGGGCGCUGCUGCUCAACUGCUAUGAUGAUGAUGAUGAUGAUGAUGAAGGUGUGAGUUUUCCCUCUCUGCUGUCGAUCUUUGUCUGACUCUUUUUACCGUCUGUUUGCAGAUCAGAGAUUCUGAACGAAAAAAAUGUUUGAACAAAAAAAAAAACACAAAUAAAAGAGUCGACUUGU